AUGACCGAAAACAAGAACAAAUUUAAUGGAUCCAAUUCCAAAACCCCCUUGCUUCAACAGCAACAGCAACAGCAACAAAGUGUCAACAAAAAGCCUAAUGGGAAACGACCCCAUAACAACCGUAACAAAUCAAGAAAAUAUGAUCACAGAAACGAUAACGAAUUGACGCAGUUAGAAACACAGUUGACGCAAGGUCGCAAAGUGAAUGGAAAUAGCCGCAAGAACCAAAUUUCCAUCAACCAUUUGUUAGACUUUCAAUCAUACCGCGACACCGAGGAGUAUGCUAUGAACCAACAACGUGACCGCGCGAGACGAAGAUCCAGCAGUCACAAGAGAAACCAACCUGCUAAAGUUCAAUUAUCGGGCAUGAAGUACAUCAAUGUAAAUUUCAAAUUUGUAGUUGACUCGAGAUUAGACUACAAGGUACAACAGUUGGACCCAAAUGUGCCAAUUGAUGUUACCAACAUUAUGUCAAUCAUUGCACCAAAAGCCAGUUGUCCUAUUUGUUUAACCGAUGAUAUAAUUGCCCCUCGUAUGAUUGUUUCGUGUGGUCAUAUUAUUUGUUUGAAAUGCGUCUUGUCGUUGUUGGAACAUGAGGUUCCAAAGGCAAAGAAACGAGAAUCGGCGGCAAUUGUGGAAAAGUAUCGUGAGUGCCCAUUGUGCUUUUCAAUUAUACGUAAGCACCAAUUAAAGCCAGCGAUUCUUCAACACAUUGACGAACAGUUUGAAGUUCCUAAAGUUCGUGAGGAUGUUGUUUUAACGUUGAUGAUGAGAGACCUGCACAAAAUAUUAUCUUUACCCAAAGCUAUUGCUGUGUCAAAUCACAUAACUGAUUUUCCAGAUGUCAAUCAGACCGACUUGGCAUCAUACCUGAGAGUAUUCAAAGGUGAUUACAAUUAUAUGAUAUCAAUGUAUGAGACAGAAAAGGCGCAGAUUGUUGCCAAUUAUGAGGAGGAAAAGGAAUUGUAUGGAGAUGAUCUGGCAUUGGUACAACAAGCCUUGUCUCAUAUAGAUCAAGAGGUUGCAGAUUGGACAUCUAGAUUAGCUACGACUUUGGAAAAGGACCAUAAACAUGUUAUCCACGAUGACGUUGGCCCAUCUUCACUUCCCUUGCACCAAACGUUUUACUACUAUGAAACUGGUUUCAAUGCUGGGUGUACAUAUGUGCUCUCUCCUUUGGAUAUGAAGGUUUUGAAAGCAACCUACUCAAAUUAUGAAAACUUGCCCACAAGUAUUGUUGCCAAGAUUGAGAAUAUACGAUAUGAGGAAUUGUCACAAGAGACGUCAAUAACCAAGUACAAAUAUCUUAGUCAUUUACCUGUGGGAACUCAGAUUGGGUUUCUUGAAUGUGACUGGAAUCAUAAUGAAUAUGUGUCGCAGCCUGUAUGGGAUCAGUUCAAGAAUGAUUUGAUUAAGCGGUCCAAGAAUUCAAGCAAGAGGUUUUUAAGAGAGGAAAGGAAUAGGAAACGGGCUGAAUCUGAAGAGGAGUUUAGAUUGAGGCAGUUUUACAUGGAAGAGAAUGGCUUGACGAGUGAUGAUUUGGCAAGUGGUGCUGGGUCAUUCAGUUCCAAUUUUGGAAUCGCCAAUCAAUUUGCAUCUUUGUCUAUCAAUGGUGGAGGCACUAUGCCCCCGUUGUCGGAUAAUCCGUUAUCCACUGAAAGUGAUUAUGAAAAUAAUACCAACGAUAAUGAACUUGAGAAUGAACAUGCCGAUGGUAAUGACGAUAAUGAUAAUGAUAGUUACACCACUACUGUUUGGGGCACAAGGAUUAAGAAAUCCAAGGAUGUAAAUAAUAUCCCACCCAUUGCCAUUGAAGAUGAAUGGGAUGAUUGGGAUGCUGAUGAAUUGAUAAGGAAAGCACGAGAAGAAAAUAAUGAAAAUGACGGUGCAAGUGAAGGUACCGGUAGUGGUGGAGCUGGGCAUAGCAAGAAGAAGAAAAAGAAGAAGUUGGUUUUGAUGUCAUCUUGA